AUGGACUUUAUUGCCCAGGUGACCACUAGAUAUCACGGGACCCACGCUUGGGAGGGCUUGAUUGUAUACACCCUGUGUCCAUGGAGGGGAUUGGAACACCCUGAAUCACAUGAUAUGGAGGGGAUUGGAACACCUGAAUCACAUGAUUGGGAGGGGAUUGGAACACCUGAAUCACAUGAUUGGGAGGGAUUGGAACACCUGAAUCACAUGAUUGGGAGGGGAUUGGAACACCUGAAUCACAAGAUAUGGAGGGGAUUGGAACACCUGAAUCACAUGAUUGGAGGGGGAUUGGAAUACCUGAAUCACAUGAUUGGAGGGGAUUUGAACACCUGAAUCACAUGAUUGGAGGG